ACGGCUGGGUAGCUCAGAUAUUGCUCACCAUUUUUGUUUCAUCGCUGAUGUUAGCAUUGGGGCAGGAGGUGCUGUAAGCUAGUGGGAGAGAGUGUAAACAGAGAGCUCUCAGCUAAUGGGAGGGGAAGGGGGUGAGGUGGAAGAAGUGGAUCUUUAAAGUCUGAUUAUGAAUGCAAGUGUGUUCUCCUCUGACAUGAAGUAAUCAAAUGUUACUCUGAAUUUCACUUAACUUGUUUUGCACAGCAUCAUUAUGUCAUAACAUCAUUUACCGAGUGACCUUCCUUCAAAAUAAAAGCACAUAUAUGGUGACGUGGUAAGGUUUAUUAAACCUUAACAGCAUAGAAUUUACAGACCUACAGUCAGAAAAAGGUUACACACAAGUGGAAAGCAUUCAACAUGGUUAUUAUUCUCAAAAGUUUAAGGCUCUUUAAAAGACCUAAGGAUCCAAAUCGAUCAAAUCCAGAGAAUCUGAAAGAAAAGGCUUCAGAGCCGCAUCUUCACAGACUUUCUAAAGGUGUUCAGUAAUUUAGAAUAUUUUGAAAUCUAAUUUGUUUGGAUAGUUUUUUUUUGAAAAAAAGAUAAACACAAUGCCAACAUUGACAUGUUCAGUCACUGAAAGAAAAAAUACAUAUAACGUCAGUAGAAACACCUCAUACUGACUGUAGUGCAUGCUGGGAAAUGAAGUCAUGGUUUACGACGGGUGGGAAAAAGUUUUUCACCAAACGUGGGAUACUGACACAGAACGCAGGCAGAAAUGAUGGAAGUCUUUGCAUCUUUGGAUGCAGCAGCAGUGUAAAUAAAAUGUCAGCCAGAGGAGGAAAGAAGAAGGUCACCAAGCUGUCCCGAUCAUCCAGGGCAGGCGUCAUCUUCCCGGUUGGCAGGAUGAUGAGAUACCUGCGUACCGGCACACACAAAUACCGCAUCGGCAUGGGCGCACCCGUCUACAUGGCAGCUGUCAUCGAGUAUCUGGCAGCCGAGAUCCUGGAGCUGGCAGGAAACGCAGCACGAGACAACAAGAAAGGCCGAAUAACGCCGCGACACAUCAAGCUGGCUGUGGCCAACGACGAGGAACUCAAUCAGCUUCUGAGAGGAGUAACCAUAUCCAAUGGGGGGGUCCUGCCUCGCAUCCACCCAGAGCUGCUCUCCAAGAAGAGAGGCAGCCGAGUGAAGACGGACAGCCAGGCGUCCGUCCCUGACAAGCAAGAAGAGCGCUCAAAAAGCAAGAAGCCCGUCAAAGCCUUCAAGAAGGUCAAAGGCAAGCGAGGCCGCAGGCCAAAGGGCACAGACAACGACAGAGACUCAGUAGCAACGUCUGCCAUGGAAGAUGGACCCGGAGAUGGAUUCACUAUCCUGUCAACCAAGAGCUUAUUUCUGGGACAGAAGCUUUCACUAACAGAAAGUGAAAUCAGCAAGAUUGGCUUCAUCAAGGUGGAGGCGAUAAUCAACCCAACCAACGCGGAGAUGGACCUCAAAGAUGGAGUGGGAGGCGCGCUGGAAAAAGCUGGAGGCCGAGAAUUCCUGGAGGGUGUGAAGGAGCUGAGGAAAGCACAGGGCCCCCUGGAGGUGGCAUCAGUGGCGGUGAGCCAGGCCAGCGGCAUGGCGGCCCGCUUCAUCAUCCACUGCAACGUCCCUCAGUGGGGCUCCGAAAAGUGCGAGGACCAGCUGGAGAAGUCGGUGAAGAGCUGCCUGACAGCAGCUGAGGACAAGAAGCUGAAGUCUGUGGCUUUCCCUUCGCUUCCAGCUGGACGGAACGGGUUUCCCAAGCAAACGGCAGCUCAGCUCAUCCUCAAGGCCAUCUCCAACCACUUUGUGUCGUCCAGCAGCUCGUCCCUGAAAAACAUUUACUUUGUUCUGUUCGACAGCGAGAGCAUCGGCAUUUACCUCCAGGAAAUGGCCAAGCUGGACACCAAGUGAGGGCUGCGGGCGGGUUAGGUGGGUGGGGGCUUGUUGAUCAUGUUGUGAGUGGUGUAGCUACAGCAGUAGGACCCCUGAUGUGGAGUCUGCUCUGGGGGGGUGGGGGUGGGGUGUUUGUCAGUGCUUUUCAGUUUGUUCCUUCAAAAGUCCCCAUUCUUUGCUGAACAGAGGAUCUACGUUGUUCCCGUUUCUCUGGUGUUUUUACAUUCCAUGUACAAAUAGACAAGAAUGGAUUUUGUUCCUCUGGCCUCUGUAGUUUCUGAUAACUGUGGUUCUGAUUCUGCUUUCAAAUAAAAUUCUGAUGUUUUCAGAUUG